AUGAAGUUUGGAACGCUCCUAGAGCUGAAUAGCAAUAUCGAGUGGUGGAACCACUAUGUCGACUAUGAUGCGCUCAAAAAGCUCUUCCCCUCCAACCCGCUCGAUCCGACCUAUCACUCCACCCAGCAAGAGUCCGACUCGUUGCUGCCUACCCACCGAACCUCUUCCGACAAGUACGCCUCGCCCGAAGAGUUCCGUAUCGCCCUGGACCGGGAGAAGGACAAGGUGGCCGAGUUCUACUCGUCCAAGCUUGCCGAGCUGCGGAAGGGUUACUUGACGGUCGUCGAGGAGACUACGGCGCUCGAGGAUCGGGAGCUCGGUGGGGAGGAUACGAUCAAAGAGGAGCCGGAGGAUGAGGAGGAUGAUGCGGAGGACGGGGAUAUGGAGGAGGGAGGGCUGUUGACUCGCCGAGAUAGCCAACAGCGGUCUUCUCCUCGCCGACCGAUGGCGCGGUCCCGGACGUCCAUGUUUGGCCGGCUGGGCGGGUGGGGGAGUCGUCGCAAGAGCUUCAUGCCUACGACGGGACACGAGACGGACCUCGUCGAAGCCUCGAUCCCGCCCAUGCUGCGUCAAGCGGGCCGAAGCCGGAGCAUGUCGCAGUCCAACCACAGCCUCUCUGCUUCGGGUUACGACGACCCGGCCAAUAAGGCUAAAAACCCGCGCCGGUCAAGCGAUCUUGAAUCGGACGAUGCGGCGGCGGCAGGGGAGCACGUCCGUCGGCCCUCGACAUCGUCCAAUUCGUCCCACGAGCGCGAUGCGUUCUAUCCCAGGCGCAAGCUCCAGGCGCUGGGCCUGGUGGAGAUGGAUGUGGACACGGCGGAUAUGCCCGAGCCGGAGCAAGAGGAGGAGGUCGAGGAGGGCCGACCGGUCUUCGUGUGGACGGGGAAUAACGACCAUGCCACGGUCAUGCGGAUCGGGUUCAAGAAGCGUAUCUCGGCGGUAUGGCUCGAAGCUUAUGCUUUGAAGCAGUAUGUCGAGUUGAACUUGACUGCGUUUGAAAAGAUUCUAAAGAAGUAUGACAAGAACACCAACUCCAAGCUCAAAAAAGAAUACGUCGCGAAUGUCGUGCUCAAGUCAUGCCCAUGGGCCGAAUCCGACAAGGCUACCCUGGACGCCCUCCUCGCGCGCAUUCUGUUCCUGUACCGCCGCGUCGCCGCGAACGGGGACGAAGAACUCGCCAAGGAUCAGCUCCGCUCGCAACUCCGCGAAAAGGUCGUCGUCGACCGCGAGACGGUCUGGUCCCAGAUGGUUUCUGGACACCGGGGCCAGGGGAUCUUCCGGUCCGUCGAGCCAGAACUGGUCGUGACGGGCGAGACAAAGCGGUCUUUCCGGACCCCGCUUGGCAGGCUGAGGAUACCGGAUUGGUUCUCUGCCAAAGGGCUCAUCUUUGGCUUGGCCGUCGGUGUGCUGGUGGCUAUUGUGGGGAUUCAGCCGUUUGAGCGGGUAGAGGAGAGUAAUUGCCUGGCGAUGCUUGUCUUCUGUACCAUCCUGUGGGCGACAGAGGCAAUUCCCCUCUUUGUCACGUCGCUCUCAGUCCCGAUGCUCGUCGUUCUUCUUAGGGUCAUCCGGUCUGGCGAUUCGGCAGACCGCCGACUAUCCGCCUCGGACGCUACAAAAUACAUCUUUUCGCAAAUGUUCUCACCGACCAUCAUGCUCCUCAUUGGCGGGUUCACUAUCGCGGCGGUACUCUCCAAGACCAGGUUGGACGUCAUGACCGCCACCCGGAUCCUUAACGCCGCGGGGACACGCCCGAGCGUGGUCUUGCUGGUUUUGAUGGCGGUCGCCACGUUCGCCUCGAUGUGGAUCAGUAACGUCGCUGCUCCGACCCUGUGCUACGCCCUCAUCAAGCCCAUUACCAAUGAGCUACCGCCCAAAUCCGUCUUUUCUCGCGCUCUCAUCAUCGCCAUCGCCCUCGCAGCCAACAUAGGCGGCCAAGCCUCCCCCAUCUCCUCCCCGCAAAACCUCAUCGCCCUCGGCGCCAUGGAUCCCCCCUUAUCAUGGCUCGAAUGGUUCGCCAUCUCCAUCCCCGUCUCGUCCCUCUCCGUCCUUGUCAUCUGGGCCUUCCUGCACCUCAACUAUCGGUGGGAGUCGGACCUUCGGAUCCCCAAGAUGCGGAAGAAUACCGAUACGCUCACGAUGCAGCAUUACUAUGUGCUGGCGGUUAGCGGCGGGACGAUUCUGUUGUGGUGUUUCGAGAAGAAUAUGGAGGGGUGGGUGGGGGAUAUGGGCGUUGUCGCCAUCCUACCGCUGCUCGCUUUCUUUGGAACGGGCAUUCUGUCCAAGGAAGACUUCCACCACUUCCACUGGUCCAUCGUCUUUUUGGCGAUGGGCGGUAUCGCGCUCGGCAAAGCCACACUCUCCUCGGGACUCCUGGACGACCUCGACAGGGUGCUCGAAAACCUCGUGGACGGGCUAGGGCUCUACAGUAUCCUCGCCAUCUUCUCGGCUCUAGCGCUUGUCAUUGCCACAUUUAUCUCACACACUAUCGCCGCGGUACUGCUCGUACCCAUCGCCACCCGGAUCGGGGAGUCGCUAGACGAGCCCCACCCCCGAUUAUUGAUCAUGAUCACGGCGCUGAUUUGUUCGGCGGGGAUGGGGCUGCCCGUUUCGGGCUUCCCGAAUAUGACGGCGAUUACGCAGGAGAAUAAGUUGGGGCAGAGGUUUAUCGGCGCGAGUGAUUUUUUGCGGAAUGGGAUCCCGGCGAGUAUGCUCGCUACUUUUGUGAUUGCAACUGUGGGAUACGCUAUAAUGAGGGCGAUAGGGUAA